AUGGCGGGCGACGCAGAUCCCCGUUGGCAGCUCGCCAACGCUUGCGGCCCACGAUGGAUUUCGGCAGAGGUGUGUGCCUUCCGUGUAUGGGCUCCACAUGGAGAAGAUGUAGCCGUCGAGCUACAAGAUUCGGAAGGUGGCGACGCGAAGGAGGUGCGACUGACGCGAGAAGGUGACUUCUGGUCUGGGGAGGCUCCCUGCAAACCCGGAGAUCGCUACAGGAUUGCCAUGGGUUCCAACUGGAACGACUGCUUUCACCAGGAGGGAGCGCGACUGCUCCGUCGCGACCCGUGCGCACGGGAGUGCGACUUCAACUCCGCGUGGUGCAUUCUGCAUCCUCCAGUGACGCCUCCCCCGUCCUUCGCUGCCCCCACUUUCAACGAGCUGAUUCUCUACGAGCUGCACAUUGGCAGCUUUGUUUCUGAAGCGGACGAGAAGCGGGCUUUCGCUGCAACGGCGGAGAAGCUGGAGCACGUCGCAUCUUUGGGUUUCAACUGCAUCCAGUUCAUGCCCACCGCCGAGUUCGGAGGCAUUUGGGGCUACAACUCGCGGCAGUUGCUGGCGGCGCACGGGCCAUGGGGCUCAGCGGCCGACAUGCAUGCAAUGGUGCAGCGUGCGCACGGCCUUGGCAUGGCGGUGCUCUUCGACGUGGUUCUCAACCACGGCUCGUCGAAGAUGAAUGUGCUUUGGAACUGGGACGGCUACGGCCCAGACAACUGCGGCGGGAUCUACUUCGAAGGCGAGAAGGAUACGCCUUGGGGCAAGCGCUUUGCCUUCCACAAGGCUGAGGUGCAGGACUACCUCAAGCAGUCGUGCCGGACGUGGUUUGAAGAGUAUGGGGUGGACGGCUUGCGAUUCGACUCGGUGCACAACAUGCCCUGGUGGCUUCUGCAACAGCUCACCUUCGAGAUCAAGGCCCACUACCCAGACAAGAUCCUCAUCGCGGAGAUCACGCCGGAGAAUCCGAAGGUGCUCCACGAUGCCGGGUUCCACUCGUGCUGGCUUCACGCCACCCACUUCGACUCGGUGAAGAUCAUGAAGGGCUCCGAUGGCGGGGAUGAUCCAAACAAGCGUCUGAGCAUGCUGAAGAACAUGGUUGCGCCGCACGGCUUCGGCAACAUCGGCGGGGUGCACUCCUUGCUGGGGUCCCACGACCAGAUCGGCGACCGGCACAACGGAAAGCAAGAUGGGCAUGGCACCCACCGCUACUACGUCAGCCGCCUGGGUGGCAAGGGCAACUGGCAUGCGCGCGCGCAGUGCCGCGCCUGGUUUGGAUUCCAGAACUGUUGUAAAGGUCUUCCGAUGACGUUUAUGGGCACGGAGAAUUUGCAGGAAGAUUGGUGGCAUGUUGACAAGCACCACCGGCUCAACUGGGGGUUGCUUGAAGGUGGUGACCCUCACACAGCAGAGAUGCGUGCAUUCGUAACAGCUUCCAACAAGCUGCGGCUGUCCUGUGAGCCCCUCACCAGGGACGAAGUCAAGUUUGUGCAUGAGGAUGGCGGCAGCACAGUCCUUGCAUUCAUGCGUUGGACACAGGAGACCGCGGCCUUGUGCAUCGUCCAUCUGGCGGAGUCUCAGUGGGAGAGUGACGGCUACGGAGUCAGUACUGGCUGGGGCGGAGGCAGAACCUGGAAACUGGCAUUGAACUCACAGGCCAAGGAGUUUGGCGGCUGGGAUGGCAGUGCUACGCCUGAGGCAAAGGCGGAUGACUCCGGCAAAAUCAUGGUGAACAUCCCCAAGUGGUCCAUGUUGGUCUACGUUUCUGCGCAGUGA